CGCCUCACGGCCCCGGCCCUCGCUUCACCCCGACGCCCCGGCGUGCGCGUCCUCCCGCCGGCCUGCAGGCCCGGGGCCUCCGCCUGCCAGCCCGCCGCUGCUCUUCGCGGCCCCGGCUCGCGUUCACGCUGUCGCCCGGGCCGGCGCGGCCGCGGGCAACCGCUCCCCCUCCCACACCUACCCCGUCCCCUCCCCGCCUUUUCCGCCCUCGCGUCCCCCUCCCUCGGCCAGCCGCUGCUGCUCCAGAUGAGGUGAUGGCAACGGCCAACUUCGGCAAGAUCCAGAUCGGGAUUUACGUGGAGAUCAAGCGGAGCGAUGAAUCACUGUUGGCUCAUAGCCGAAUACAUCAAGCAAUGGUAACAUCUUUAAAUGAAGAUAAUGAAAGUGUAACUGUUGAAUGGAUAGAAAAUGGAGAUACAAAAGGCAAAGAGAUUGACCUGGAGAGCAUCUUUUCACUUAACCCUGACCUUGUACCAGAUGAAGAAAUUGAGCCCGGUCCAGAGACACCCCCACCUCCAGCAUCCUCAGCCAAAGUAAACAAAAUUGUAAAGAAUCGACGGACUGUGGCUUCUAUUAAGAAUGAUCCUCCUCCAAGAGAUAAUAGAGUGGUUGGUUCUGCACGUGCACGGCCUAGUCAACUUCCUGAACAGUCUUCCUCUGCACAACAGAAUGGUAGUGUUUCAGAUAUAUCUCCAGUUCAAGCUGCAAAAAAGGAAUUUGGACCCCCUUCACGUAGAAAAUCUAAUUGUGUGAAAGAAGUAGAGAAAUUGCAAGAAAAACGGGAAAAAAGGAGACUACAACAGCAAGAACUUAGAGAAAAAAGAGCCCAGGAUGUUGAUGCUACAAACCCAAAUUAUGAAAUUAUGUGUAUGAUCAGAGACUUUAGAGGAAGUUUGGAUUAUAGACCAUUAACAACAGCAGAUCCUAUUGAUGAACAUAGGAUAUGUGUUUGUGUAAGAAAACGACCACUCAAUAAAAAAGAAACUCAAAUGAAAGAUCUUGAUGUAAUCACAAUCCCUAGUAAAGAUGUUGUGAUGGUACAUGAACCAAAACAAAAAGUAGAUUUAACAAGGUACCUAGAAAACCAAACAUUUCGUUUUGAUUAUGCCUUUGAUGACUCUGCUCCUAAUGAAAUGGUUUACAGGUUUACAGCUAGACCACUAGUGGAAACUAUAUUUGAAAGGGGAAUGGCUACAUGCUUUGCUUAUGGGCAGACUGGAAGUGGAAAGACUCAUACAAUGGGAGGUGACUUUUCAGGAAAGAACCAAGACUGUUCUAAAGGAAUUUAUGCAUUAGCAGCUCGAGAUGUUUUUUUAAUGCUAAAGAAGCCAAACUAUAAGAAGUUAGAACUUCAAGUGUAUGCAACCUUUUUUGAAAUUUAUAGUGGUAAGGUUUUUGACUUGCUAAACAGGAAAACAAAAUUAAGAGUGCUCGAAGAUGGAAAACAGCAGGUUCAAGUGGUGGGAUUACAGGAACGGGAGGUCAAAUGUGUUGAAGAUGUACUGAAACUCAUUGACAUAGGCAACAGUUGCAGAACAUCCGGUCAAACAUCUGCAAAUGCACAUUCAUCUCGGAGCCAUGCAGUGUUUCAGAUUAUUCUUAGAAGGAAAGGAAAACUACAUGGCAAAUUUUCUCUCAUCGAUUUGGCUGGAAAUGAAAGAGGAGCUGAUACUUCCAGUGCAGACAGGCAAACUAGGCUUGAAGGUGCUGAAAUUAAUAAAAGCCUUUUAGCACUCAAGGAGUGCAUCAGAGCCUUAGGUAGAAAUAAACCUCAUACUCCUUUCCGAGCAAGUAAACUCACUCAGGUGUUAAGAGAUUCAUUCAUAGGUGAAAACUCUCGUACCUGCAUGAUUGCCACAAUCUCUCCAGGCAUGGCAUCCUGUGAAAAUACUCUCAAUACAUUAAGAUAUGCAAAUAGAGUAAAGGAGUUUGGAAUUAGUCCAUCAGACAUUCCCUUCUCACAGGGUAGUGGCAGUCGCCCUGAUCUCUCUCCUUCUUAUGAGUAUGACGACUUUUCUCCUUCAAUUACCAGGGUGAAAGAAUUGACUGUGGAUCCAACUGCCGCUGGUGAUGUCCGUCCAAUAAUGCACCAUCCACCAAAUCAGAUUGAUGAUUUAGAGGCACAGUGGGGUGUGGGGAGUUCCCCUCAGAGGGAUGAUCUAAAACUUCUUUGUGAACAAAAUGAAGAAGAGGUUUCUCCACAGUUGUUUACUUUCCACGAAGCUGUCUCGCAAAUGGUAGAAAUGGAAGAACAAGUUGUAGAAGAUCACAGGGCAGUCUUCCAGGAAUCUAUUCGAUGGUUAGAAGAUGAAAAGGCUCUCCUAGAGAUGACUGAAGAAGUAGACUAUGAUGUAGAUUCAUAUGCUACGCAACUUGAAGCUAUUCUUGAGCAAAAAAUAGACAUUUUAACUGAGCUGCGGGAUAAAGUGAAAUCUUUUCGUGCAGCUCUACAAGAGGAAGAACAGGCCAGCAAGCAAAUCAACCCGAAGAGACCCCGUGCCCUUUAAAUCAGCAUUUGCUGCUAAAGGAUUCCCACCCUCGCUACUGUAACAUACAAUGGUUCAGCUGUAAGGGCCAUUCGAAAGUUUGAAAUUUUAAGUGUCUGUGGGAAAUGUCUUGUCCCUUCAACCUGAAUGACAUUUCAGUUUUGUGAAACACUCCUUUGUCUACAGGAUGCUUCUAGUCCAGGAGGCACAGCCGAGGCUUGGGAAUAGUGAAGCAUUUUGUUUCAUUUACCCACAUAGUGAUUUACUUUUGAAGUUCCUUGCCAAUUUUAUUUUCUGUAUGAUGAAGUAAGAUUGUGGACUUGAUCCAGAGGUGAAUAGUAGGGGGAAGCCACAGCAUUUCCUUUUAACUCAGUUCAAUUUUCAUAGCAAGACUGAGCAGUUUUAAAUCCUUUGCGUGCAUGCAUACCUCAUCAGUGAUUGUACAUACCUUGCCCACUUCUAGAAACAGCUGUGCUCACCUCUUCCUGCUUUGUGCCUUGACUAAGGCUACUGACCCUAAAUUUCUGAAGCACAGCCAAGAUAAAUUACAUUCCUUAUUUGUCAUUGUAAAUUACCUUUAUUGUGUGUACAUUUUUACUGUAAUUGAGACAUUUUGUGUGUGUGACUAGAUUUGCAGGAUGUGCCAUAUCAUUGAAUGGAACUAAAGUCUGUGACAGUGGACAUAGCUGCUGGACCAUUCCAUCUUAUAUGUAAAAAUAUCUGGAAUUAUGAUUUUAAAACCAUAUAACAUGUGGUUAUAAUUUUCUUAGCAUUUUCUUUGUAAAGAACUAAAAUAUAAACUAGCUGGUGUAUAAUAAAAAGUAAUGAAAUUCUGAAAAGAGUUUUAUCUUAGGAUAAUACAUAUAUAUGCAGUGUGUGUUCCAGUGUGGUAUUAACAAGACUAAUAGUGCAAUUUGAUCUUUACCAAUACCAUUACUUAAGUUGAAGUGUCCAUUAGCACCCCAAAAUGUACCUUUUAAAUGGUACUGUUAAAGGAAAUUGGCUUCUGAUGCAUGAAUAUGUACAUGUACGUUGAAAGUAGUCCAUAAUAGAACUGUUAGUUUAAGCCAAGUAUAGACAGUACAUAACUCUCUUGAAAAAGAAUUUAAGCUAAGAAAGAGAUGACUUUGCCUUAAAAGGCAGAUCUGACCCAAGCUCCACCCAUUACCUAAUGUAUGAUGUUUCACCAUUAUUUGAUGAGAAUCACUAAAUUCUCACCAAUCAUCAGUUCAUCUAGGGCAUGCUGCUUUUUAAAUAGUGGCACUUAUUUUUACAGAUUGCUAUUCCAAGGAAGAAAACUGGCCACUUUUCAUGUAAAUAUUUUGUUAGAAGAUUUAUAUAUCUCUCUAGGAGUUUUCCCUCAGUUCCCAGGAUAGUGUCUAGGAGUACAUUAACAACAACAAAAAGUCUCCCAAGGGUGUCUUGUUUUGAUUUACUCUAGGGAACUACCAGCUCAUUCAUAUGGGCUAAUGGGAAGCUAUGAAUAGAGUCACAUGAGCCAGAUUCCCUACUUCACUGUCCACAGAACUCAGAAGGUCGCUGUGGGAAAUCCUAACGCCAUGGUGAAAAGCUCCUCUGUAAACUUGAAAUCUAGAGCAAGUGUAGAUUUUCACAGUGUGCUUAUUAUUAAAUCUAUGGAAUGAGUUUUCGAGACAGUUUACUUCAAUACAAUCAAUCACCUUUGUUUUGGAAGGGACUCAGGUUUUCUUGCAGCUGUAAGGUAUGUUCUAUUUGUGUUUAUUUCAAGGAGAAGAGGAAGAAUGGAGAGCUGUUACUAUUGACCUUACAGAGGCUGUUUAAAAAGGUAGUUUCUGAGCCUAACCGAUCUUCAAAGGACAUAAAGAGAUAUGUGAAUUUACUCAUUUUAAAGCACAACAGAUUAGUCUUAAUUUAUUAUUUAAAUUAGAAGGGUACUAUCUCUGGAAGGUCUCCUCAAUAUGAAAUGUACUGCCUUAUACUAUAAUGGCUUCAUUCUGGUUAGUAUUCAAGGUAUAUUAAAAAUCCGUACCAGAAAAGAUCUUGGUAGUAUAAUCCAUUCCUUCAGUUUUACAGAUAGGGAAAUCUGAAGGUUAUAAAAGGGACUAAAACUCAGCAGUCCAUAGGAGGACAGGGAAAUAAGAGGGAAAGCUGAAUUCAAUCUUAAAUUUAGAUUUUCCUUUAAGGAUAGAGAUGGUGCAAGUGAACUUUGCUAAUUAAGUAGUUUUGUGAGAUUAAAAAAACCUACUCUUAAGUUUACGUAGUAUUUAUGUAACAAAAGUGGCUUUGUGCAGUUAUUAUUUAAAGAAUAACUUAAAUUUUUUGGAUCUGGAUUAAACAUUCUUUACUUUCUCAGACUUGAAAGCUGAUAUCCCUAUUAAUAAUUAACUAAAAAUAUACAAGAUUUUAGUUAUAUAGGAAUGUUUUAAUGUAUCACUUUGAAGCCAGAUUUCUAAAAAAUCUGUUUAUGCAAACAACCUAUCUUUCCUUCUAGGUUCACUCAGUGUACCUCUGUUAAAAUAAUUUGGAUUUUAACUUUAAAGCCAGUGUUGAUUUAUAAAAUCCUUUGAAAUUUUAAAUCUAUGACUAUCUCCCAAGAAAAAACAUACAAUCUUAUAGUUCAUUUCAUUCUAGUUGAGCAUCCUCAUUUACAAGUAAGGAAUGCCCAGAAGUAAUAUGCCUGGCACCAUGUGGUGGCAGUAGCAGACUCAGGCUUACCUAGAACCUUAGCCUAUUAUGCUGCAGGAUUGCUAAAGGGGUAGGCAGUGAUAGAAAUUAUAUAGGAUAAACAGAGAAAGAAUGAGAGAAGCAAAAUAACAUUUUAGGAAACAAGGAAACAAUUGCUUUACUGUACACAUGAAUAACAAGAAGAAAUGGUAUGGGGAAUAUGUGACUAAAUUAAGCAUAUUUUAACUUUCUUAUGACUUGAAGAACAAAGGCCUAAAGAGCUAAAAUCCUAAAAAAAGGUUCUCACAGUAAUAUAUAACAUAGGAAAUAUUAGUGUAACAUCUUUAUAUAAUACACUGUUAGAAAUAACUUUUAAGUGUAAAGUUGUGCGUGUCUGCGGCUCUUAAACUUGAAGAGUAUCAUGUAUAAAUUGGACCCUGCCCUAUGUUAUAUAUUAAAAUCAAACCAAAACCAAAAAAAAAAAAAAACAACCUGUACAGUUAGAAUUGACUUACUU